AUGUUUACAAAAUCAUCACUCCUACUCGCCCUCGGGGGGAGCGCCCUUGUGGGUGCAGUCCCCAGGGCUGCACACUCCCAGGACCCAUGCGCGCAGUUGGCCCAGACCAAGGGAACCCAAUACCCGGCCGAAGCAGCCUUAAAGUGUCUGCACUCGUUACCAUUCGAGCCAAAGAGAGCCGUGGCCUACAUUGACGACCUGGAGAAAUACCUGCAGUUUCACUCUACUGCAGACAGUGUGAGCAACCCCCCGAAGACGUAUGAAUCUCAGGCGGUCGACUUCUGGGAAGGGUUGGAAGACAUCAAGAGGAAGGCCAAGCAGGGCAAAUACAGCAGCCAAUAUGACUUCGACACCGCUCUGUACGAGCAUUUCAUCCAUGUGCAUGAUGGUCACUUGAAUGUCAUUGGAUGCUCGCUCAGUGCACUUUCAUUCGUGGCCCAGGAAUCACUGGUCUCGUUUUCGCCCGACGGACUCGAGCUGCCGGAUAUCUACACUAUUGGGGAUGCAAAGGUUCUCAACAAGGAUGCGAACGCCAAAGUUUCCCCCGUGGUUACAAUCAACGGCGAGGAGGCUUCUUCUUACCUUGAGACCCUGGCAGAAGGGAGCCAGGUAAACCAGGACCCUGACGCUCGGUACAACGCGAUGUUUUACUCGCUGUUCCGACCCAAGAACCAAAUGGCAGGAUUCAACGCUGGGUCCGGGGCCGUAUACCCCGGCGUCAACGAGUACACCCUGGGAUAUGCCAACGGGUCCACGAGUACGGCCAACGUGGUAGCAGUCCCCAGUGCGGGUGAGUUCAAGUAUACAAGCGGCAAGGAGGUUUACAAUGCCCUCUGCGUGCCCAAGGACGAGUCCGCGUCAACCUCCACGCCCGCGGCAUCCUCGACAGCCACGCCAUCCCCCAGCACCAGCGCUCCUGCUACGAGCUCUGCCUCUGUGACGCCAAGCCCCAGUGCCCAACCUCCGCAACCGGGAUACCCCAAGGCUGUCGUUCGCGACGAGGACACUGACAUCGCCGGCUAUCUGCCCAACGACCCCACGCUCAAGGACGCUGCUGUGCUGCGAGUGCCAACCUUCGAGGUUGGGGAGGCAACGGGCGGCACUGCCUUUGACUCAAAUGUGGUUGCCAGGUUCCUCAAGAAGGCCAAGGCUGAAGACAAGAAGAAGCUCAUCGUUGAUUUGACUGCCAACGCGGGAGGGAAUCUUGCGUAUGGAUGGAAUCUGUACAAAAUCCUCUUCCCCAAUUCGAAGCUGUACUCUUCCACCCGUCUGCGCGCCCACGAAGGCCUCCACCUGCUCGAGCGAGCCGCAUACAAAUUCCUUGAUACUUUCAGCGACGACGAUUUUGAAAAAAGCGAGAAGCUCGACACUAUUAGGUAUGAGGCGAUUAACUGGGCGGGAUUCCUGACGCCCAACCAGAGCUAUGAGUUCCAGUCUGCGGACGAAUUAUACGGCCCUGAGGUUGUGCUGCACUCGAAUAUGACCAGGGCUCACUCCCACGACUUCGAAAUCGAGUCCGACUGGCAGACCCCCAUCCAGGGCUUCAAUGACAUUCCUAAGAACUUCACCCAACCACCCUUCGCCCCCGAGGACAUCUUCAUCAUCACGGACGGUGACUGCGGAUCCACCUGCCCGGUCUUCACCACUCUGAUGCAGUACGAGGGCGUCAAGACCCUCACGUUCGGUGGACGCCCCCAGCACGGACCCAUCCAAGCGCUCGGAGGAACCCGCGGCGGUCAGGUCCUGGAGGCUUCAGCGAUCCAGCAAUCUAUGCUGCAAGCUCAUGAAUUGGGCAAGGAAUAUGAAUUCCUUUCCGAGGACGAGCUCAAGACACUAGCGGCUGUCAGCCCCGCGAAGAAGGCCUCUCUAGUUGCUACGAUCAGAAUCAACUUCCGCGACACGUUCAGCAAGCACGACAAGGACAGCGUCUUGCCCUUGCAGUAUGCCUACGAGGCCUCGGACUGCCGCCUCUUCUACACCAAUGAGAAUCUCUUCUCUGCUGAGAGCUAUUGGACCGAUGCUGCCAACGCGAUCUGGGGUGAUGCCGAGUGUGUCAGGGACUCGCGGGCUUAA